GGCUGGCGAGUUCACUGCGGACAGGUGACUAGAAAAUGGAGAAAUAUGAAAAGCUGGCCAAAAUCGGCGAGGGUUCUUACGGCGUGGUGUUCAAAUGCAGACACAGAGACACGGGCCAGAUAGUUGCCAUCAAGAAGUUUGUGGAAUCCGAAGAUGAUCCUGUCAUUAAGAAGAUUGCACUGCGAGAAAUCCGCAUGCUGAAGCAGCUGAAACACGUGAAUCUGGUCAACCUGCUGGAGGUGUUCAGGAGGAAAAGACGGCUCCACUUGGUGUUCGAGUUCUGCGAGCAGACAGUCCUCAACGAGCUGGACAAACACCCUCGAGGGGUUCCAGAGGCUCAGCUGAAGAGCAUCGUGUGGCAGACUCUGCAGGCGGUCAACUUCUGCCACAAGCACAAUGUCAGUAUAUUUCAACUGCUAAUAUGAUGUUUUUCUUUGGUCAUUUUCAUGUGUUUAUUCUUUGAUUUUCCACCCUCGGUAUUUGUCCUUCUUCUUAUUGUCUAAAAGGAUAUAUUAAGAGUUUUUAAGGCUGCAUUAGAAAAAUACUUUAAGCCAUAUCUACAGUAUUUUAAAGUUACAUGUUUGUGUAAUAUUUUCCCUCUCCUACUGUGACAACAUGUAAAGAGAUG